UGCAGAUUAGCGCUUGACCUGCAGGAUUUGUUGCUGGAGACGCACCUGAUUCACGGGAAGUAGAAAGAAUGAUCUGGAUUUAAAUUUACCGUGACCAAAGCGAAGCCAUGGCAGGUUUUAUGCAUUGCAUUUUUCGGGGAGUUUUUUGGGCAUUUCUCAUCUGAGAUCUGAUGAUGUGCGAUAUUCCUGCUGCCAGCGGAAACGUGUAAUCCCUCCCAGAUUACGGCGCACUGAUGGAUUGCGUCCUGUCGUCCAGUAGGCUGGCACUAGGGCCUAGCCAAACGAAUCCAACCGGUAUGCCUGCAUCCUGACUGCUGAGGUGAAACCACUCAGGGCAGGUCAUUCUGUAGGCACCUGCGUCCCCGUCGGUGCCAAAGACGAUGAGGAGAGCUGUACUCAAAGAAGCCGCCAAGCGAUUCCCUUGGCUGGCUAAUGUCACUUUGUACGGAUGCUUAUUCGCCGGCGGUGACCUAGUCCACCAGCUCAUCGCUCAGAAGGAGCACAUGGACUGGAAACACACUCGCAAUGUCGCCAUCGUGGCAAUCAGCUUCCAGGGAAACUUUAACUACUUCUGGCUACGCGCCCUGGAGAGGCGCUUCCCUGGAAAGUCCGCCGGGAUGGUUUUCCGCAAACUGCUGCUGGACCAAAGCUUCGCGUCGCCUUUGGCCACCAGUGUCUUCUACACCGGGGUGAGCUUCUUGGAGGGAAAGGAGGACGUCUUUGAGGACUGGAGGGAGAAGUUCUUCAACACCUGGAAGACUGGACUCAUGUACUGGCCAUUCAUGCAGUUCCUCAACUUCGUCCUGAUGCCGUUGUACAUGCGGACUGCCUUCAUGGGCUGCUGCGCCUUCCUCUGGGCCACCUUCCUGUGCUUCUCUCGGCAGAACGGCGAUGGCACGGCCGGAGUGGCUUUCGCGUUCAUCAUGGACCCACGUAAAACUCUGGAGGAGAUGCGUGAGGCCCGGCUGGCCCGGAAGAAGCAAAAGACCCAACGGGAAAACUAAAGCGAGGAGGAAGGAGUGGAAGAGGAUGCCGCUUCAGUCAUUCAGGUUGUUGAGCCGUGGAGGAAAGACCGAGAGUUCGUUACCUCCACUUAAACCAGCACGAUGAGAGCUGAGGAGCCAAUGAAAGCAAAAUCACUGAAUACUCUCACUGUCUGUCACAAGGUUUGACUGAUGUGGAUUUUGAAGGCGAGUUUUUAAAUUAAGGGCAUUGAUUGACAGGCAGGAGUCUGUCAAGGAA